AUGAGGACCCUGGUGACUCUGCUGUCCCUGUUCCUCCUGGGUGCCCAUGCCCAGCAUGGGUCCGAGUGGACCUACUCAGAGGGGGCGCUGGAUGAAGCGCACUGGCCGCAGUCCUACCCCGCCUGCGGGGGGCAGAGACAGUCGCCCAUCAACCUGCAGAGGAGGAAGGUGCAGUACAACCCCUCCCUGAAGGCGCUGAACCUGACGGGCUACGAGGUCCAGGAUGGCAAGUUCCCCAUGAUCAACAACGGCCACACAGUGCAGAUCAGCCUGCCCUCCACCAUGCACAUGACGGCCUCCGACGGCACCGUGUACAUAGCCCAGCAGAUGCACUUUCACUGGGGUGGCGCAUCCUCAGAGAUCAGUGGCUCUGAGCACACCGUGGACGGGAUCAGACAAGCAGUCGAGAUUCACGUUGUUCACUACAAUUCUAAAUAUGAGAGCUACGAUAUAGCCCAAUAUGAACCAGAUGGUUUGGCUGUACUGGCAGCCUUCAUUGAGACCAAGAAUUAUGCUGAAAACACUUAUUACAGCAACUUCAUUUCUCAUUUGGCCAACAUCAAGUACGCAGGACAAAGCACAGAUCUGACUGACCUUGACAUUCAGGACAUGCUGCCUGAGGACCUCCACCACUACUACAGCUACCAGGGUUCACUCACCACUCCUCCCUGUACCGAGAACGUCCGGUGGUUUGUGCUGGCAGAUUCCGUCAAGCUCUCCAAGUCGCAGAUUUUGAAGCUAGAAAAUUCCUUACUGGAUCACAAGAACAAGACCAUCCAAAACGAUUACCGCAAGACCCAGCCCCUGAACCACAGGGUAGUGGAAGCCAAUUUCAUGUACUUCCCGAAUCAGCAUUACGCUCUAGGCUCUGAGUUCCGGUCUUACCUAAGCAAGAUCAGCGAGAAUAUCGAGUAUGUGAGAAAAUUUGUCGAACAGAAGAAAGCGAGGAGAAAAAGCCAGUGUUAA